UUCGUUAAAUUCUUCACCUCUUUCCCAGAAAAGCCUCUCCGAUCACAGCCUUUAUAUAAAAUCUCCCAAAAAUCACUUUUUUAAGCCAAAAAUCCAAACCCCAAAUAAAACCAUGGCCAAGAUCGACGCCCUUCGUCGGUUUUUCCUCCCCUGUAUCUUUCCGCCCACCGCCACAACCGCCACCGCCGCCACCGCCGCCCCCAAGAAACGUCUGAGCACCUCGCUUCGUGACGACUUAGAAAUCUCCGCGUCCACCACCGCCAAUGGCGGUCCAACCCACGAUCAAGAUUCUACAGCCACUACUCCCGACAGCGUCACGCCGAAGUUCGCAGCGGCGGCGGCGGCCGCCGCCGCCAUCGUAGCUCCACCACGACCUUCGAAAACUAUGGUGAUCGGAACUAUCUUUGGCCAUCGGCGUGGGCACGUGUGGUUCUGCGUCCAACAAGACCGCCUCCGAAACAAGCCCUUUCUCCUACUCGAGUUUCCGAUUCUAACUCACCAACUCGUCAACGAAAUGCGAUUCGGACUCGUCCGAAUCGCCCUCGAGUGCAACCGGGUCGAACUCGGACUCUGCCCGCUCCGUUCGAUCCCCAUCUGGGCAAUGUCCUGCAACGGGCGAAAACUCGGGUACGCUGCGAAGAAAAAAGCCGGCGACUCGAUCCGGUCCAUGCUAAAGACAAUGCAAUCCACAACAGUGGGAGCCGGAGUAAUGCCAUCCGGGUUCGGGUUCGGGUCGGGAUCGAAAACAGAGGAGGUAAUGUACAUGAGAGCUAAUUAUGAGCACGUGGUGGGGAGUGCUGACUCGGAAUCGUUCCAUCUUAUUAACCCGGACGAGUUCCCGGGACAAGAACUCAGUAUCUUCUUGCUCAGAUUUCCAAAUAUGGGUAAUCAAUAAAAAUGGUUCCUUUACUUUAUUUAUGAACUUCA